GGUUGAAGUAUAAAUAAAAAAAUUGAUUCCAAAUCCAAUCAAAAGGCCAGGGAUUUUGUGUGGACUCCAAAGAGCAUGUUUUCUUCCUCCGUUCAACCUUCGCCAAAUUUGUCUUCUUCAACCUUCGAAAAUUUUGUGUUAGCUAAUCUUCUUCAACCUUCGCCAAUAGAAAGAACAAAAAAAUUGUCAGAGGGGCAAAAACAUGGAGGAAUCAUCAUGGUACCACGCCGCGCCUUUGCUCAACUUGGUUGAAAUGCUUGCCGGCGACUUCCCCGGCGUCCGUUUCUCGUUCUUCAGCACUCCCCGGACCAACAAAUGUCUGUUUAAGCCGGACGCCGGCGGCGAACUCAACAUCAAGGCAUACGACGUGUGGGGCAAGGCGGCAAAAGGGGCGGCGUUGCUGCCGGGACGGGAGGCCGCCAUGAGAUUUGUGGAGGCGAUGCCGGCCAACUACGAGAGAGCGGUUGAGGAAGCGAUGGUGGCGGCGGCUUGGCGACGGAAGAAAGGAGAUCGAAGAAUAGCAAUAGCGGCUAGGAAUAAGAUGGAGAUCAAAGAGCUUGUGUGCAGCCACUGUGGGAAAACAGGACAUGAGAUCGAGGCAUGCUACAAGCUGAUUGGGUACCCCGAAGGUGAAACAUUAGAAGACGAUGGAUCAAGCAGUCCCGCUCCGGCUGAUCAUUAUGAUGAUGAUGAUAAUGAAGUAAUGGCGGAGGAGCAGCUGGACCGUCCACAGAGGAACGGUCAGCCGGAAGAAGGCGGAAAAGCAGUUGAGCUACCGGCGGUCGACCCGACGGACCGUUCUCAUGUCCACGGUCGACCGUCAUCAAGGCAGAAAGGUGGAACUCUGGGAGAUCAACCAACGGUCGACUCGGUGGACCGUUUGGAGAGACACGGUGGACCGUUCGAGGGGCAGAGAGACAGACUUCAGGGAGAUGAAGAAACGGUCGACCGUGAUGACAACAACGGUCGACCGUCCCCAAGGCAGAAAGGAGGCAGUGAGGAACCAUCACAGACGGUCGACCCCGUGGACCGUUCCACGGAUGGCGGUCGACCGUCCUCAUCCCGACAACCAACAGAAACCUUGGGGCGUGGUCAACGGGAAAGGAGGCCAAAUGACUCUACACUAUAUAUGUAACACAUGAAUGUAUAUGGAGACAGAGAAAUAAUACGAGUAAUUUUCCUCCUACGCAAUUCUUUCAUGAUGGCCGAAUAUCACACACCAAAAAUGGGGAGGGAUACUCACACUUUAUAAUACAAUGUAUUAAGGAAAUGCUAGGAAAUUGCUUAGGGACAAAAACAAAUUAGGCUUAAUUCAUUGUUCCCAACCAACACAACAAGACAAGUAUACUUUUGUUAAUCAAAUAUUUGAUUAUUC